CAAUACAAACACAUGAUCCAACGGUGAAUAGUAGCCUUCUUCCCGCCAAAACGCGAACCCUAAUAAAGCGCGUUACGCACUGUGCCGCGUGGAACGAACUAUGGAAUUCAAGUUAAGCGAUAACGCUCUCAAAACCUUUGCGCGAUGCAUCACUUGUCUCGCACGCAUCGGAAACGAGCUUGCCAUUCAAGCCUCUUCCUCUCAGCUUCUUUUCCACACUAUUAAUUCUUCGCGUUCGGCCUACGAAUGCAUCGCUUUCAAUCCUGACUUCUUUGACGCGUAUACUGUUUCUGGUAAUUCCGUGCAAUGUAGUGUGCUUCUGAAGGCUGUUUGUGCUGUUCUAAGGACACCUAUUACGAAUAUUGAUCAUUUGACUGUGAUACUGCCUGAUCCAGAUGCUCCCAAAGUGCGGUGGAUUUUGGAUUGCUAUAAUGGUAUGAGAAAAAGCUAUUGGAUUACUUGCAAUGUAGAACCUGACAUACAACACUUGUCCCUUGAUAGGCAAAAAUUUCCCAGCAACUUUGUUGUGAGGCCUCGAGAUCUGAACAGGUUACUUGCUAAUUUUCAGUCCUCUCUUCAAGAGAUCACUAUCAUUGCAACAGAACCUUCUGCUCUACCUCUUGAUGGUGCAAAUGAAAUUGGUGGAAAGGCUGUUGAACUUCGAAGUUAUAUGGACCCAACCAAAGACAAUGAUACAUUGCUGCACACCCAACUAUGGAUAGAUCCUAAAGCAGAAUUUUUGCAGUAUGUUCAUACUGGAGAUCCAAUAGAUGUGACUUUCAGUGUAAAAGAAUUGAAGGCAUUUCUUUCAUUUUGUGAGGGCUGUGAAGUUGACAUCCAUUUACAUUUCGAGAAAGCUGGCGAACCUGUUCUUUUGGCGCCUAAGUUCGGUUUGGAAGAUGGGUCUCACUCAAAUUUUGAUGCAACCCUUGUGCUGGCAACCAUGUUAAUAUCUCAGCUUCAUGAAGGGGCUGUCUCAGAACCUCCUGCGGGGGCCACCAGAGCACAUUCUCAUACUGAAGAAAGAAAUGCAUCUUACAUGCAGCAAGAGAACUGUAGAGCAAAUGCAUCAUCAGAGCUUCCAUCUGAUCACACCCGUAUUUGGUCGGACCUCUCAGCAAGUGUGUUUAAAAGCAUUAGUCCUUUGGAAGAGCGGCAGGCACAAGGAGAAACCGUUUUUAAUGAUGAUGGUGGAAGAGAAAUUCAAAGAAUUAGAACAAUGCAAAUUUCUAGAGUGGCAUCAGUUGCAGGAAAUAAUCCCAUUGACUCCAAUUUACCAACUGAAUUGAAUCAUGGACCAGAGACUCAAGAUGUGCUGCGAGAUAAUGUUCAAGCAAUUUCACAACAUCACCGCAGUAAUUGGAUUGAGGCUGAAGAGGAUGAUGAAGACGAAGAGGAGGAAAAUGAGCAGUGCAUUCAGUCAACACCGCCAUACUAUGAAGAGCAUUAAUUUAGACAACUCUACUGUAAUGGUUCUCCUUUAUCUCGACUACCUGCUUGUGGUGAUUCUCCUAGGUUGCCUUGUCUUUUGAAGUUUUUUCUAAUUGAUCCAGUAAUCCAUCAUUUAAAAUGAUAGAAUAGCCAUAUAUUGUUGACUUUCUUGUAUAUAUUAUACUAUUUAACCUGCACAAAGGCCUAGUUUCUUACUGAUAAUUAGUCUACCUGUUUCGCUUCGCUUAAAACAUAGGGGAUACAGUAUAUGUUCUGACAAGCUUCCUGUAUUCCCCCAUUAGUCUGUUCUUGAUCCUACUAUGUACCCCAGAACUCUUACCCUGAUCAAUGGACAAAUGGACGAUGAUCGCAUUUUUAAAGGGUUCAUUGAUCGAAGUCUUGACCGUUCAUGUCACCUGAUAAUACAGAAAAAAAGUUAAGGAAACGUGGUAUAAUGAAGAGAUAAAUGUUGUGAUCCGACCAU